AUGCACCCCUUUUCGAUCGUCACUCUUGCCAUAUUUGUAGCUGGCUACGGUACUGCUAGAUGGGAUCUCGUUACACGUCUCUACGAGCUUUCACUUUUUGCGUGGGACAAGGGAGUUAUCAUACGCGCAGCUCAGGGAUUCGGCUUCUUGACUCUGGUCUUCCUAGUCGUUCUCCUGCCCGUACAGCAUCUCGCUCGAAUCGAAGCUAAAGUGCAUCCUCGGACUCUCGACGCUGAGCAUGAUGGAUUGAUGAGAGUGUUUUGGCCGACCGAUAUCGAAAAAUCAGAGCUGCCCGGCGUCAUCGUUGGGUGGAGGAACUCGGGCCUCGAUGUCGUGGUCGUAGCAGUACUGGAACAUGUCGAUCCCCGAAACGUUGAGAAUGCCCUCAAGGCUGCCAUCCUUCUCCGAGGCGCCCCACACGAUCCGAACCGCAUCGGAAAGUUAUGCGGUCCCGAUUCCAUGCAUGUACUCGGUAUUACCAACGUAGAAGCAGCUCCCGAAGGCGCCUUUGUGCUGGAGCCAUCAUGGGUACUUGCAAGGACGCGACCAUCCAUGAGGGUGCCCAACGUCAAGUGCCAGAUGGCGUCCAGUGUACAGAUCAUAUCCUUCGAGCGGCCCCUGCCCAAUCGGAUGCAGUACAUAUCUCUCAACCCAAUCGCCCUGGCCCUUACUGACAAAGAGGAUGCCUCCUUGAUAUCAGUAUCUGACGGGUCAGAAGCAGAAGACGAGAAGCAGGAGCGGCAACACAAGGAAAAGAAGCGGAAACUCAUGGACAAGUUAAAGCAGCAUUCCGUCAUCAAGCAUACACAGUCCCAGAAGGACAAGGCCCUUGCCAAGAUAGUCAACCAAGUCAACUGGGCCUACGAGCUGGAGCAGCUAUUGCAGAAGAACGUUUCAUUGAUCGGCACGAGACCGAGGAGAGCUCUCAGCGUUUCCGAACGAGUGGUGGAGAAAGCAACCACAAUGAGAGACUUCGUCAUUCUCUGGAUAUGGGAUAUGAUAAUUCUUUAUCUGUUUCCCAUUGUCAGACAUUUAUUCAUACUCAUGCUGGUUGGCCACCGGGCCGCUGCGGAGAUCCUGCUGCAACUGCUCGAAUGGCGACUUAGACCAAGCUCGCCUGCACUCAAGGAUAUCUCCGCAACGGCGCAGCAGAUCGAGAUCCGCCUGCAGCAAUUCUGUUAUUGGCCUAUGCAGUACGUCAAGUUGCGACUGCGCAAGAACGAUUGGGAAAGCGUCACGACCAGUCACCCCGACUACAUCCGGUUCUAUAACAGCCUAUGGCUCGUCGCCAACGACGUUAUUAUCGGCAUUGCCAUUGGGUCAUACAUCAUCGACAAUGCUGGGUGGGUGGCAGACCAGAUCGGUCUGCUUCUUAGACAGUAUACCGUGGAAGCGCUGCACAGCAGCAUUGAGUGGCUUAUGGGAUGGCCGGCCGGACUAAAACUCAACAAGGAGCUUGCGCUGUUUCUUGGCGACCUGUUUCUGUGGGUUAUUGAGUACUGGUCGAGCUGUAUCGAGACCCUUCAGCCCCUGUUGCCGCGAAUAAUAUGGUUCAUUGGCUUCUCAAGCUUUGCCGGCGCGAGUAUGCCCAUCGCCAUGUUUUCCGAUCUCGUCUCGAUCCUCACAGUCCAUAUAUACUCCUUUUAUCUCGCUUCCGCUCGCAUAUACCAUUGGCAGCUCACCAUCCUGCUCUCGCUGUUUCAGCUUUUCAGGGGAAAGAAGUACAACGUGCUUCGAAAUCGUGUCGAUUCCUGCGACUACGAUCUCGAUCAGCUUCUGGUGGGCACCAUCUUCUUCACAUUACUCUUCUUCUUGCUUCCGACCGUCGUUGUCUUCUACCUGAACUUCGCCGUCGCUCGAAUGGCCAUCAUCUCACUGAAGGCGAUUUUCGAUACGAUGCUUUCCUGUCUCAACCAUUUCCCGCUAUUUGCCCUAAUGUUACGGAUCAAAGAUCCUAGGCGCCUCCCUGGCGGCAUUCGUUUUGAACUUCGUGAUACCCAAGAUAGACUUAAACUUGAUUCUAAUACGCUCGCAUCGCCAUCUCAUCCGCCCACUUCUGUCAUCUACCUGAAACCGAUCCCGCUCUCAUUCACAGCCAUGUUUCACCAAUACUUUCAGAUGGGAAGUCGCAUACGGAAGCAUUAUUUGUCGCCACGCGUACUGUUUUGCCUAAUCACCGGCCGAUUUGUCCCGCCGAUACACCGCAAAGUGUUGUACUCGCUGCAGUACAGUAUGCUACCUGCACAGCGGUCUGGGAUUAUGGAGAUGUGGGAUGCGUUAAAUUCAUUGCCGGCCAAGAAACGCCCCGUAAACAUCUAUCCAUACGGUACUCCCUUCUUGAAUGUCCCGAAUCUUUCCAAUGGCAGACGUGCAAAUGGGAGAAGGGGUGGGUACUGA